AUGUCGGAGAAGGAAGACUUAGGACUUCCCCAUGAUGGCUACGACUACUCAAGACAUCUGAGAGUCUGUACACUAGGAGGCGAAGAGGAUAACGAAAGACACUAUAACGAAACUGUAGGAAUGAGCCGAUCGGCUGACAUGCGAAUAUCCGCUAUCGUAGUGAGUAAAGCGGGGUUGGGGGAUAGUGCACGGACUACGUUAAAAAAUGACACCUCUGUUUCAGGCGUACUAAGAGCGCUCGAUGCGAUGUCUUAUGACGAUGAGAGUAUUGAAGAACGACUUGAAGAGUUAUCGGAUGACUUUUAUCAUCUCGCAAACGAGCAGAUUGACGGGAAGCACACCCCUAUUGCUGUACAUGAGGUAGCCUCCGAGUUGAGCUCACGGUUUCCUGGCGCUGGCGAACAGAAAUCAGUUGCGAGAAAUUCCACCGUGAUCGAUGGAAAGUGUGUUCAAGAUGAUGCAUUCCUUCGUAUAAUGGAUUCUUACGCGGAUGAAGAACUUGGUGACGGAUGCGAAGAUCAACCUAGUAGUUCUACAAAUGGUACAAGUGACGGAACAGCGCAUACGUUGGACCUUGUCCUCAGCUUAUCCGAGCCGAAGCUGAGCAGCCAAAGCAUUAGCGUGCAAAUGUCAGUCGGUGCGAACGUAGUGAUGGGUACUAAGUUACAUGAUUCACCUGAAAGAAACACCGGGAUGGUCACUUUACACGACUGCGAAAGCGUUCUAAGUUUGCAUAGUAGCUCUUCUUACCAUCCAAAGCUUCUUGAAUGUAGAUGGCCCCGAAGGGCCACAAAAUUGGCGUCUACUGCACAAUACAAUGACGUACAUGAGGUUGCAAGAUCUGUUCUUGCUAAUGGAGAUGACGUGCGCAAAGUGGAAAAAGAUUGUGAGUUCAAUUGGCGUAGUGAGAUCACGCGCAAAGGUGAAACAGCUGAGCAGAAGAAGGAGCGUAAAGCUGCAGUCAAGACGGGGCGAAGACAAGCAAGAAGCGCAAAAAAAUGUAUGAAGGAAACCUUUCGGAGUGUUACACGGGACGAGAGCUCUGCGGCAGUUUGCGGGGACGUCCCAACGAGUGUUUCUGUGACAAAGUUUUGA